AUCCCGUUCAAGACGUUCAAUCGCGAGAUGAAAACGAAUGGUAACGAGAUUACGCGUGUGCGCAUCUCAACAUAAACUCGGGAAAACUCCUCAGCAGCAACACAACACUGAGACGCGGGUACAAGGGAAGAUCGUCUUUAAUGCUCCGUUUCUGUGCGGGAUGGCCAACACGGUGGCUCUGAACCUGGGUGCUGGAGAUCAGCGGGUGGUCUUUGCUCCUCGACCCCGCAACGCCCCACACAAACUCCGCAGAGCCUCAGGACAUUCACCCCCCGUAGCCGGCCGCUUCCGCCCACAGAGAGCCUGCUCAGCCAGCCCGGGUCCUGGGGAGAAGUGGCCACUGGGGGCCCUGGAGGGCCGGGUCCAGGGCCAGGGGCCACGGCAGAUCACACCCCGCAUCGAGCAGGGGCCCCAGUUGGUCCCGUGUGAGGGCCCAUGGUGGCCCGGCCUGUCCCUUGUAGGGGCCCCAGGGGCCCUAGUUGGUCCCAUGCAGGGGCCCCAGGAGGCCGGGUGUGUCCCCUCUAAGGGCCCCAGGUGGGCAGCUCUCCUCAGCUGGGGCCGCUCCCCCGUGCAGGUGUCCUGCGCGGGCAGGGGCCGGGUGGGGAUACACCAUCAGAACAAGGUGUGCGGGCGGACCGGCGAGGAGGCGGACUCCGGGCGGUUCCUCCGGCCGUACGGUGGCCACGCCCCCCCGGCCGGCCCCACCCCCCGCCGCACGGCCAGCAGGUGGGCUCCCGGACACAGGUCCAUGCCCCUGGGGGAGAUUCAGAGGCUUCUGAAGAACCAGGUGGCGGGGAGGUCUCUCGCCCCCGUGUUCCGUUCGUUCGACCCCCGCGGAGAGGGGCGGGUCCGGAGGCGGGACUUCCGGCGCGUGUUGUCGGACUGCUGCUGCUUCCUGCUGACGGACCGGGAGUUUGAGAGGCUGUGGGACCACUACAGUCCUGACAGAGCAGACGACAUGGCCUACACAGACUUCCUCCGCAAGUUGGAGGACAGCUCCCCGCAGACCCUGGCCCUCGGACCGGUCUGCACCAGGAUGGAGCUCUCCAGCCCGAGGGUCGUGACCCCUGACCCGGUCCAGCUGAAGACGGGGUCUCAGGCCAGGAGGACCAGCUCCGGUGGGGCGGACCCCCAGGACCCCCUGGACCACCCCCCUGACCCCCCAGACCCCCCAGACCCGACCCGGGGUCUGACAAACACCCAGCGCCAGACCCUCUUCCACCGAGAGAUGUGUCUGAACUGUGUUCCAGUGUGGAAAACCCUCGAUGCUUCUGAUGCCACGAGGUCCGGCCUGGUCGAACAGGAAGUCCUGAGGAACGUUCUCUGCAACUUCCUGUUUCCCAUGAGCCUUCCCUCCUUCCAGCAGCUGACCAGAGGAUACAGGGUUAAAGGAAGCGGGCCAGUGAAAUGGAAACACUUCCUGGGUCACUUCCUGAACCCUGCUGAGCGGACCGACGGACGGACAGACGGCCGGCCCCCCAGUGCCGACGGGUCUCUCCAUCAGCUACACCCUGAGGAGAUCUCUUCAGAUCUGGAGGAGGAGGUGUACUCUCGACUGAAGGAGAUCUUCCUCCUGCUGGACCCGAGCGGCUCCGGGGGCGUGGCGCGGGCGGAGCUGCGUCGGGCCCUGGAGGGGCCGUGCCCCCCCCAGCUCCGGGGCAGACCCCCAGACGGACCGCCCCCCCGGCCCCCCGGGCCCCGCCUCGGCCACGCCCGGGUCGGCGAGCUGCUGAACCUGCUGGACCCCGGACACACCGGCCUGGUCCACGGGGACCGCCUGGAGACGCUGAGGCCCGGCCGGGGGGCCACGCCCGGGGGCAGGGGGCCCCCAUCGCCCCCCUGCCCUGGGGGUCCUGGACAGGACCCUGGAGGCGGUCUGGGUUCUGGGGUGGCUGCUCUGCGUCUCUCUGACCCCGGAGCCAGGUGGGCGACGCCCAGCGAUGACCUCAUGAGGUCACACCCCGCCGGACCCCUCUCACACACACACCCUGACCAAGGGAGCCCACGCCCGGACCUCAUCGGACAAGACCACUGUGGACUGGACCUCACUGGAACAGAGCCCACUGGAGGAGACCUCAUAGGACCAGACCUCACUAAACCAGACCGUAGUAGCCGACGCCAUGGUAGCCCUGACCUCAAUGGACUAGCCCAAAGUAGCCUAGACCUCAUAGGUACAUACCUCGCUGGGCCAGACCCUACCGGGCCAGGUCUCCCUGGACCAGACCUCAAUGGUCCAGAACCCCGUGGACCAGACUUCACUGGAACACACCUCACUGGACUGGACCACUUCGGACCAGACCAUAGUAGCCCGGACCACGGUAGCAUAGACCGUGGUAGCCCGGACCUCGUAGAAGCAGACCUCACUGGACCAGGCCAUGGUGGACCAGCCCCCAGCCCCCCGCAGUGCCCCACCUGGUCCCCGGGGGGCGCCGGAGUGCCGGGUCUCCUGGAGGUCGUGUUCAGGAGGGUGUGGGAGCGCCUUGAGCGACGCGGCACCACGCUAGCCGCGCGCAUCCAGGCCAUCGCCCUGCCCUCCCUGGACGGGACCCUCAGCCAGAGGGACCUACGGAAGAUCCUGGAGGACAGCUGGGUGGUGCUGGAGGACGGUCACUUCCUCCACGUCACCAGACUGCUGGGAUUCAGACAAGGCCGUCUGGACCAGAGUACUCUACUGGACCGCUACCAAGAGUUCUCAUCCGGGGCCGUGAAACAAAAUGGCGAUGGUCGCCAUGGCGACGAACACAACAAUCCCCACUCCCUGUCCGCCGAGGAGUGCCUGGCCUUCAUGAGGGCCAAGAUGGCCGACGACCGCGCGGACGGCGUGGCGGCGUUCAAGAUGAGGACGGCGGAUGGCGACGGAAUGGUGGACGCCGCUGACCUCAGAGACACGAUCCGCAGCCUCGGAUUGGUCGCCAGCGAGCUAGAGUUCCAGCGCCUGCUUCGUCUGAUUGGCCUGCAGCCCGGAGCCAAACUGCCCCGCGCGCACCUCCGCCAAAACCUCCAGAAGGCCGGGGCCAGGGGGAGGAGCCUGGGAACCAUGAACGUUCUAGACCAGAUCCAGGAACAGCUAGCCUCUGACCUGCGCUACAAGCGGGCCUUCAUGUUACAGGCACUGAGGGGUCCAGAGGAAGAAGACCGGGACCUGGUCUUCAAGAGGAGCCUGAGAAACCAGCUGUUCACCUAUGACCUCCCGCUCAGACCGGCCGAGUUUGAGCAGCUGUGGCUCAGGUUUGACCCGGAGGGGCGUGGCUGUGUGACACUAGUAGACUUCCUCAACAAGCUCGGAGUGAAGCAUGAUGGGAAAUCCAGAGCGAGCGUCCUGCCGGGUUCAGCUGACGAGGCCGGGCGAGGACGGGACCCGGACGUCCUGUCGGAAGCAGCGGAGCUCCUGGAAGCCAAGCUUCCUCUGGACACCGGCCACAGGAAGUCAGCCUACCAGGACUUCCUGUCGGCGCUCCAGCCGCAGGGAGUGGAAGAGGGGCGGAGCCCCACGGAGACCCCGCGACCGGCCUGUCGCGUGGAGACCCUGCACGGCUUGGCCCCGGAUCGGGCGUUGUCACGGUUACGGGAGCUUGUCCGGGACUCCGCCCCAGUGCUCCAUAAGGCCUUCUCGACCUUUGACCCCGGUCGCGCGGGGCGGGUCAGUGGCGCGGAGCUCCGCAGGGUCCUAGAGAGCGUGUGCGCCCGGCUGUCGGACGGUCAGUACCGACAUAUGCUGGGGGAACUCGGCUUGAACUGGGAGCCGCAGACGGUGGACUGGAAACUCUUCCUGGCCCGCCUCCAGUCACCGUGCCAACUGGCCGCGGCAGAGACCAGCAGCCGACCAAUCAAAGAGGUCCUUGCGCAGAUCCAGGAAGCGGUUUCCGGUCACCUGUUUGACGUCACCAAGGCGAUGUGGCGUUGGACCAAUCCGGCAGCAACAGCCUCUCCAGAGAAGACUUCCAGCGUUUGUGUGGUCGCUACGUCACUCUCUCCCCCAUCAGGUACGGACGUAGUCGUGUAG